AUGUCUCCCUCGAAGACCAAAGAUGAACUCAGAAUUGUAUCACCGAUCGGUGCGCUGGGCCGGGGUUUCGUCGAAGAAUAUGUGUGGGAUGCUAUAGAAUCUGGCAUCGAUGCGAUCAUCGUUGACGCUGGAUCUACCGACAGUGGUCCUGGUCGAUUGGCACUUGGGAAAAUGGGCGCACCUCAGGCUGGAUAUUGGCGGGAGUUUGAAAUUCUCGUGAGAGCUUGUCACCUUCACAAUGUGAAAGUCUUAAUUGGAUCUGCUGGUGGAAGUGGUUCGAAUGCUUUUGUUGACCACCAUACCAACAUAAUCAAGUCAAUCAUCAAAGAAAAAGGCUUUAGGCCAAUGAAGGUCGUCAGCAUCUAUUCUGAGAUCUCAAAGGAAGUUGUGCGUGAGAAGCUCAAGGCCAAACUUAUAAGCCCUUGUGGAAGCGGAAUACCGGACUUACUGGAGCAUGACAUCGAUUCGACAAAUAUCAUAGUUGCUCAGAUGGGCCUUGAGCCCUAUCUGCAGGCAAUGACUGAUAACCCUGAUUUCGAUAUUAUCAUUGGGGGACGGGCUUACGAUCCAGCCCCAUUCGCCGCAUUCUGCAUGUACCAUGGAUUUGAUGAUUUAGGACUCAACUACGCUAUGGGCAAGAUUAUGGAAUGCGGAGCACAGUGUUCUAUUCCCAAAUCUAAGGAAUGUCUUGCAAUUGUUCGCCGAGACAAUUUCGACCUCAUCCCACUCCAGCCUGGAGUACGUUGUACGCCUACCUCGGUUGCUGCUCACCUACUCUAUGAAAAGAGCAGACCCGAUAUACUUCAAGGGCCUGGAGGGGCUCUCUAUACCAGUGAUCUGACUUAUGAGCAAAUUGAUAGUCGAACGGUGCGUGUACGGGGCGCAAGGUUUAUUCCAGAGCCUGAAGGUGAGUACACGGUUAAGCUGGAGGCUGCCCGUGUGAGUGGCUAUCAGACAACCUUUGUGGGAGCCUUCAGAGAUCCCAUUCUCAUUUCCCAACUUGACAGUUGGAUCCCAUCUAUUGAAAAGGGAGUCCGUGAUAUCAACAAAGGCUUCGAAUUCGACUUGAAAAUCCAUCUGUAUGGGCUCAAUGGAGUGAUGGGAUCGUUGGAACCAGACAGAAGCAUUCCAAAGGAGGUUUGCCUGGUCGUGCAUGUUAGAGCACCUACUCAAGAGCAGGCCAACGACGUGGCAACGAGCACCAAAAAUCGACUGACUCAUGCGCCAUACGCCGGCCAGCUUGCCACCGCUGGUAACUUUGCUUGGCCUUUGACUCCCUCUGAAACUCCGAUGGGACCUUGUCCAGAGUUUUGCAUCUAUCACAUCAUGCAUAAUUCGGACCCGGUUGCGCUGUUUCCUAUCAGAGUCGAAGAAUAUCAGGAUGAAAAGACCAGUUUGAAACCCGUGAAUCCAAAAUCAGUUACGAACACUUCGCAGCCCGCUUCAAAGGCACACCAAAAAUACUAUCUCCAACCAGAACCAGCUGCGGGAACUUGUUAUCUAGCAGAUAUCGCAUCAGUUGUACGCAGUAAGAUAGCGGGGCCUUAUCAUGUCACUUUUGACGUGAUGUUUACGGACCGCGACACCUACGAGAAAGUCAAGCAGGCAGAUGUUCUGAAAAAGAGCACCAUUUCCAAAUUGUACAAUAUUCCUGAGAGCGAUAUUGAUGUUUCAAUGUGGUGGGACCAGGCCAUGGCCUUCAAAGCCACUAUCCCUAGACAUCGAGCAUCGGGUGGGUUUGGCGAGACUGAUACACAUGGCUCACAGCAGCAUGCACCGCUGUUGUAUCUGACUUUACCUUGGGGAAGAACCUAA